GGACAGGGCACUGGCAGUUGGAAGCAUGGCAGAGGUCAAGCCAAGAGGACCUCAGACCUCAAAGACAGAAAUAAAAAUAAGAAUUCACUACCAGUGAGACUUGUAAUCAUCUAAAAAGAAAUAAGAUUCAUCAUGUCUUUCAUGGUCCAUAAUCGGAGGAGCAGCAAAAAGCAAUUUCAAGUGGAUCCUCUGCUUAUGCCCAAGGUACCUCGUACCAAUUACCUGCACCUUCAGGAAGAGAAGCACAGGCUACAGCUAAAGAAAUUCCUCCUUCACAGGAUGUUUCUAGUGGGCUACAUACAAGUCAACACAGAGAAAAAGGACAUUUCUGAAUACUAUGAGCAACUGUUUCAGUCCAUUCUGAAACAUCAUUUAGGCGAAUCAGUGACAGGACUCAUGCUCAUAUACCCAAGCACUUUUCUGCACAUCCUUGAGAGUUCCAAUGGCACACUCUUCCGGAUUCUUCUAGAUUAUGUUGCCCACGAAAAGAGUGAAACAGAAUUUAUGAUCCAAAACAUGAAAAUCAUCGUUGCUUCUCAUAACAUCCCCACGAGGCUGUUCAUGCAGUGGCAUAUCUCUGCAAUCAAAGUCCCCGUUUUGUACCUAGAUGACGACACGCAGUCUCCAUCUAUAGCGGAAGUCACCACAGAAUUCCUCACCAUGACUCACAAACUGGCACUCCAACUUUACAAGACAGUGAAAUUGGGCGCGAAAGGUCCAGGUGACAACUUACACCAACUUGCCCCUGAACUCAUUCUCCCAGAACAAACUAUCAAGUAUUUAUGCAAAGCUGAAGAAUUCAUGGACCCAGCGUCUUUCUUGAGCAUGUAUAACAGACCCAUACACGUUACCCUGGAUUCUGAUAUUGUGUGGCCAGCUCCUUCCCGUUUCUAGGAUGGGGAGAGUUGAUUUGGAGAGGAUGUCUACAACAUUGGGAAGCAUUGAAGAUGGCACCAGAGCAGAAGGGAGAAAGAACACAUGUUCAGCCAGGCAUAGAACAGGAGCCAGGAAGGGGACAAGACCAUAAAUCCCUGAAUUUCUUUGAUUUUAGGCACUAAACACAAUAAAUUUCUUAAGACUG